AUGAAAGACGAGCAGCUGACGAUGAUUUCGGGGGAGUACAACGAUGGUCCAGCUUUGACUGAUUCACCCCCAGGGGGUGAUGGUAAUGAACUGAUGGAAAUUGAUGAAAGCCAGUCUGGACACAAUGAUGGGCGCACAGAUACGAUCCCUUAUUAUGUCCUUCAACACCAUCAAGCGAAGAACGGACGUCGCAAGGCUCCUUCCCUGACCUGUUUAUCAAGCAACUCUUGCAGCCACACUCUGACAAGUAACGCCUUUGGUCGUUCGAAGUCUCCUCGCCAAUAUUCACCCAAACAUAUCCCUCGUCGUCGGUCCCCUGAGACACGUACUUCUUCCACUCGCCUCAAGCCUCCCCAGCGUGCACCUCGAAAAGGGCCAUCUGCAAAGGCUGGUUCUGCCCAUGGGGGUCGUGAUCCCACGUCCCAUGGACCAUCUCGUCGACGCUCCCCGACUCGGUCAAUGACUGCCUUUACUCGCUCAAGGUCUCCGCGUUCAAGCAGGGGUUGUGAUCCCAUGUCCCGUGGACCAUCUCGUCAAUGCUCCCCAACUCGGUCAAUGACUGUCUUUACUCGCUCAAGGUCUCCGCGUUCAAGCAGGGGUCGUGGUCACACUUUCCGCAGACUGUCUCCUUCGCAAUACCCCCCAGCUCAGUCAACAACCAUUUUCACUCGCUCAAGAUCUCCACAUCGGAGUACAUCCCGUGGAUCAUCUCCUGGACAUUCCUCAUUGCGGCCACCAGAUAGGCGAGCCUCUCAAUUCAAUCACUCGCGGUCUCAUACCCCUGUUCCAAGCCGUUCUCACUCGUGUACUCGUAGUCCCACACCUGAAUCAAGGAACAGAGACAAACCCAUGAACAAGCAGACGAAUCCUUCGAAACUUGGGUUUUAUCCACCAUGUUGGCAAGCAUUUCUCCAGGCCGCCAAAUUAGAAAUGUGCUUGCAAGCUGUUCUGACUCAUCCUGUCCCAGAGCAUCAGCAUGUGCUACAGCUCGCACGAGAAGUCUUAGAUGCAGUAUUAUGGAGUUACCAUUCAAAGAAGAUCAAAAUGGAAAACAGCUAUUUCCCGCAGUAUAGGGCACAGAUGUCGCGCCUUCUUUGCGACGACUUAUUCACAUUUCGCACCGAGCUCAAGAAAAUCGUUAUAUCUAUCACAAAACAACUGUACAGUAUCUUUCCCAAAGCCAACAUGGGGCAGAAGGACACCCUUCAAUGGCAUGGCAAGUACAAGAAUUUCGUUUCGCAAGUUCUCAAGGAUGCAUGUAUCGACUUCUACUACGGUAAUGGCAAAAAGGCCCUCAAGUUGACCAAAGAAUUCCGCAAAACGAUCCCCGUCAACGCGCUCAUUCUCGUCAGCGCAGUUGCGAAGGGUAUUCUAACUGGGUUCCGCAACACCAGCACAGACAAAGUCUCCGACCUGUCCGCUGAUAAAUGCAGGUCUGACUUCAACUCCCUACGAAGGUCGGUUGACACACUGAUGGACAAUUCUGAGUGUCGUCAGGAACUGGAAAGUAUGCUAGAGGAAUGGGCUGAUGUGGGGAUGAUGGGCAGCGAUGAUGUCAACAUCGUUUUGUAG